AUGCCACUGGAAUCUGUGAUACAAGCAGCAGGUCACGAUGGAUGUGAAGUUUCGGGGGCUGUGUUUAUAAAAUCGACGACAGAACAGGAAGUGCAGUUUUACCGAGAUGCUUUAGUAGGAGAUUCCCAAUUGGAUGGUACAAUACUCCUGCACUGGAUGCCAGUAAUGAUGGGGACUUUGACUCCGGGAAAUUUGCAUGGAAUUGAAGGAGCCGAGAAGCCGGUAUUAGGUCUGGAUGUGACAGAUCAUAUCAAUUCAAGCGUUAGCAAUGAAAAAGUCAAAAUUGUGUUACAAAAUCUUUACCAUGGAUUCUCGCAUCCUAGCAUAUUAGAUAUCAAGCUCGGCAAGGUUCUUACAGAUAAUACUGUUACCCCAGAAAAGGCACAUCGACUAGCAAAGGUCAGCAGUACCACCACGAGCGGUAGCUUGGGAUUUAGGAUCUGUGGGAUGAAAUUGUGGGGAAAAGAUGUUGAGGAGUUACCGCAGAUAUACCCUAAUAUGAAGGACCAUAUCACCAAUGAUAACGAUUAUUUGUCUUUUGACAAGUUUUUUGGCCGCUCACUAACCGAUUCGACUAUGGAGCAGGCAAUGCAUGUCUUUUUUUCUGCUAUUCCGGCAAAGCAUAGACUGAAAGUCAUCAAUCGAUUUCAUCAAAGACUACAACUCCUAUACAAUUGUUUGCUAGAUGCAGAGGUGAGAAUCUUUUCUGGUUCAUUGCUAUUCAUAUACGAAAGUGAUCCUCAUCGCUGGACUUUGGUUGAAAAUUAUGAUGAAGCAGACCCUCUUUUGUAUGGUCUUCCUGAUGACAGCGACGAAGAAGACACUUCGGAGCAAAAUGAUGCACCGCUCAGUAAGCUCAACAUGAUAGAUUUUGCCCAUGCUACGCACACAAAAGGUAAGGGCUACGACGAAAACAUAGUGGAUGCUGUGGAAAACUUAAUAGAUUUAUUCGAUCGCAUAUUGCAAUAA